AUGUCCCGCAUGAAGCACUUGCUACGCAAACUCCACCUCGCCGGGGGCCCCGCCGGGGGCGCGGGCGCGGCGCCCGACCACCACCGCCCGAGGCACCGCCGCUCGGGGCACCCGACGCCGCCGCCGCUGCCGCCGGGGGCGGCGGCGGUCGUCGUUGCGGCGGGGGCCCCCGAGCCGCCGCAGCCAGCGGUUACUCCCGCCGCCGCGGCUGUGUCGGUCGCCCCCGCGGCGGAGGAGCCCAGGGGCCUCGGGGCGGAGGCGGCCACGACGCGGCUGGAGGAGGACUACCAGGUGCGGCUCGCGCUCGCCAUCUCCGCGUCGGACCACGCGGGGCUCGUCGACGCGGACUCCGUCCAGAUCCGCGCGGCCGAGCUCAUCAGCCUCGGGGCCGCCUCCGGGUGCGGGCCCCACGACCGGAGCCCCGCGGAGGCCCUCUCCGCGCGGUACUGGAACCACAGCGUCGUCAACUACGACGAGCAGCUCCCCGACGGCUUCUACGACGUCUGUGGCGCGCAGCUGCAUCCCGGCUUCCAGGCCAAGUUCCCCUCGCUCGACUACCUCAGGGCGGUCCCGCUUGGGCGCGAUGUCGCCUUCCUGGCCAUCUCGGUGGAUCGGGAGCACGAUCCUGCCCUAAAACGACUGGAAGAUAGGGCUGCACAGAUUGCUGCGCAGACGAGGGCACAGCACGGUGGAGCUGCUUCAGCUGAGCUUGCACAGAAGAUUGUGGGUCUCAUUGUUAAUGCGAUGGGCGGUCUGGUUGAGGAUGCUGAUGGUAUGAACAGGGAAUGGAGCAUCAAGAGCCGCGAGCUCUCUCUCCAGUUAAACAGUGUCGUUCUUCCACUUGGUUCGCUUCGGGUUGGGCUGUCACGGCACAGAUCACUGCUAUUUAAGGUACUUGCUGACCGAGUUAACCUUCCAUGUAAGCUUGUGAAAGGAAUAUGUUAUACCGGUACAGAUGAAGGAGCUGUUAACUUGGUCAAAGUUGAUUUUGACAGCACGGAAUAUAUUAUUGAUCUGAUGGGAGCUCCAGGCACCUUAAUCCCUUCAGACAUUUCUGGGAGUCAGUUUCAGGACUCCAACAAUAGCCAACUGAGCAGUGAUGCCAUUGAAGAGAGUGUCGCAGAAUUGUGCUUAGCUCUUGAUCAGAUUAAUGGUGGAUAUGAGAACAAAAAUACCAUUGGAGGAUGCUCAUCUGGUCACAGUUCUAUUUUAGCGCUCACGAGUUCACACCUGGGAGAUUUAUCUCAAACAGAAUUUAAACAAAAUGUUGUCUCUGAGAAAAAAAAUGAAGCGGAUAUUUCUGAGCAUGUUAAAGUCGAUGAUGUUUCCAAGUAUAUUGUGCCUGAAGUAGUGGAUCCACAGUUUGCACAAAAUUUGCAUGACUUACUUUUGGAGAGUGGCGCAUUGCUACCCUCUGAUUUAUUAUCUGAUCAAAAUAGUCACAACAUUCACGAGAAAGAAAGUACAGGAUGGUUAUUGAUUUCUCAAACAACACAAAAUUUGCCAAAUGCUUUUGUAGCUAAAGAUUCUUCAUCACCUGAUGAAGAUGCACAACACCCUGUGGAAAAUACAGAAGAAGUCAUAAGAGAUUUGGACUUGCAUGGUCAUACUGCUAGUGCUAUUUCCAACGAGGAUCAAAGGGCUGCUGAAGGUUCUUCGGUGAACAUGUCAGGAAGUAGCAAUGGAAAUUUGGACAAGUUGAGCUGGUCUAGUGCGAAAACUAUCAGCUCUGUUAUAGAUGACGUUGCUGAAUACGAAAUACCAUGGGAGGAUCUUGAUAUUGGAGAACGUAUUGGUUUAGGUUCCUAUGGGGAAGUUUAUCAUGCGGACUGGAAUGGCACGGAGGUUGCAGUGAAGAAAUUUCUUGACCAGGAUUUAUCAGGUGUUUCACUAGAGCAAUUUAAAUGUGAAGUGAGAAUAAUGUCAAGGUUAAGGCAUCCCAAUGUCGUUCUUUUCUUGGGAUAUGUGACACAACCUCCUAAUCUCUCUAUAUUAACUGAGUACCUCCCAAGGGGGAGUCUAUAUCGCCUGUUGCAUAGGCCAAAUAGUCGAAUUGAUGAAGUACAGAGGCUAAAAAUGGCACUAGAUGUGGCAAAAGGGAUGAACUACCUGCACUCUAGCCAUCCUACCAUUGUUCACCGUGACCUGAAAUCCCCCAAUCUUUUAGUGGAUAAAAAUUGGGUUGUUAAGGUGUCUGACUUUGGCAUGUCAAGGUUGAAACAUCAUACUUUUCUUUCCUCUAAAUCAACUGCUGGAACACCAGAGUGGAUGGCACCUGAGGUACUACGAAAUGAACCAUCUAAUGAGAAGUGUGAUGUCUACAGUUUUGGAGUAAUCCUGUGGGAACUAGCAACCAUGCGUGUACCAUGGAGUGGGUUGAAUCCAAUGCAAGUUGUAGGAGCAGUUGGAUUCCAGAACAGACGACUAGACAUUCCCAAGGAUGUGGAUCCGCAGGUGGCUAGCAUAAUAUCUUCAUGUUGGGAUAACGAUCCGAGCAAAAGGCCGGCGUUCUCCCAGCUCCUGUCCCCUCUAAAGCAAUUACAGCGUUUAGUUGUUACAGAAAGCUGCUGA